AUGGUGGAAGACUCAGAAGACCUAAAAGACUCUGGAAGUCAGAGAAUAUGGACAGAAACACCCAUCAGGAGAGAGAACCGAUUUAUUGAUACAGUGCUGAGCUACCUCAUGGGUCCAAGGUUUCUGGUUUAUGCAAGCUGUGCACUUUCUAUAUGGGGAGAUCGAAUGUGGCACUUUGCCAUGUCUGUAUUCCUGAUAGAAUUGUAUGGACAUAAUCUCCUUCUAACAGCUGGUUUUGGGUUAGUGGUGGCUGGCUCAGUACUAGUGUUUGGGGCCUUAAUUGGAGAUUGGAUUGAUAGAAAACCAAGAAAUAAAGUUGCUCAUGCAUCGCUGUUCAUUCAGAACUCCUCUGUCACUGCCUGCUGCGUAGUGCUGAUGUUGGUGUUCUCUUACAAAAGCGAGAUUGAGCAAAUGUGGCACGGCUGGUUUACUGUGUUCUGUUAUGCCAUGGUAAUCAUUUUAGCCGAUCUGGCAAACCUGGCAAGCACAGCGCUGACGAUAACCGUUCAGAAAGACUGGAUUGUGGUCAUCACAGGUGAUAACAGAGGCCAGCUAGCUGGAAUGAAUGCAGCUAUAAGAAGAAUGGAUCAAGUCAUAAAUAUCUUCGCUCCCCUGUCUGUGGGGCAGGUUAUGACCUGGGCCUCUAAUGUCAUUGGCUGUGGAUUUAUUCUUGGAUGGAACUUGAUCUCUCUUCUGGUAGAAUUUAUAUUCCUAUCCAGGGUGUAUCAACUAGUGCCUUCUUUGGCUGUAAAAUCUCAACAGAAUGCAGGAGAAUAUGUUAUAGAAAGACAAGUGGAACUUACAAAUGUGCCAGGUAAGUACUAUUCAAUAGGAGAACAGCCUCCCACCAACAUUUAUCAGUCGGGGUCCACUCUUCCUAAGAAAGCACGAAUUCUUAUUGCAGCUUACUGCACAGUGGAGCAGUUGCCACCAGAACCAUUAAAACCUUCUGACUGGUAUUUUACAGGGGAUCUUCCCAUUUGCUCAGCUGUUGUUGAAUUCAUCAACAAACCUGGGAUUCCAGAGGCACCGACGGAGCAGAAAUCCAGUCCUGAAAUGCAACGCAAGUCAGUCACAAAACUGCCUCUUUGCUUCAGAAAAAUGCACAGGAUGCUGUGUACGUGCAGAGAUGGCUGGAAAGCAUAUUAUAGGCAGUCUGUCUUUUUAGCAGGCUUGGGUUUAGCCUUCUUGUACACCACAGUGCUUGGCUUUGACUGUAUCACUACAGGGUACGCCUACACGCAGGGGAUCAGUGGCUCUCUUCUCAGCAUACUCAUGGCACUUUCUGCCUUCUCAGGACUAAUGGGCACAAUUUUGUUUACUAAGCUAAGGAAACAUUAUGGCUUGGCUGUCACAGGAGUCGUAUCCAGCCUCCUCCAUGUAAGCUGUUUAAUGCUGUGUGUGUUUUCAGUCUUUGCCCCCGGCAGUCCUUUUGACUUGGGUAUUUUCUCUCUUCUCACAAGUAAGAACUCUUCCUUAAACCAAGAGACACUGCAAAAGAACCAGCUGCAUAUUUACCCAUUCCAAAGAAACAUCAACCAACCCAUACUGCCAGAUCGUUCUUCAAUUCAUUGGACUAAUAACACAGUGCUGUUGGACAGCAUGCAUGGGAGCGAUCACCCAGAAUCCUAUAUUUCAAUCAUUCUCUUGUUCUCAGGGGUGAUACUAGCCAGAAUUGGUCUUUGGUCAUUUGACUUGACUGUGACCCAGCUUCUUCAGGAGAACAUUCCAGAAUCAGAGCGUGGGAUAGUCAAUGGUGUGCAGAGCUCUAUGAACUACUUGAUGGACCUUGUACAUUUCAUUAUGGUUAUUCUAGCUCCUCAACCGCAACAAUUUGGGUUGCUGGUGAUAAUUUCCUUACUGUUUGUGAUAACGGGGCAUGUCAUGUAUUUUAUUUAUGCUAAAAAAUAUAAAAUUAAAGAAACUGUGAUACAAACAACAGGGAGGAAGCCACAGAAUCCCUGUGUCUGAAAGUCUCAUAAUCCUUUAUUUUAAAAUUAUCCUAUCAUUCAUGGAGUAUAGGUUAUUUGCAUAAAAAUGUUGACUAAACUCAACACACUAGCCAAAAUGUUCCUCUGUUUCUAUUUCCACCUCAAACACACUGCUAUAUCAUGAAAAAUAAAGAACAAAAUACUAACUGGAAGACUUAUUUUAAAACACUUAAAGAUUGUGUUUUUUAAAAGACAGUCUCAUUUCUGUAUCUGCUCAGUUUUUACAAUCAACUCUUUGCAAGGACACACAAAGCUUAUUCUCAGGGUUCCAGAAGAAAAUGACAAGGUAACUAUUUUUCCCUUUGUUAUCCAUAUGUAGAGAAUAUUAAAACAGAAUUCACAAUUUGCACAUCACAACCCGCCCUUCCUAAGCAAAUGAUACUGUAGUUAUUUUUUUAACCAUCUUUUCCAUCACACAAGAUGGAGCAACAGGAAUGUGUCUUCCUAGAUAGUUCAUAGAAACCAAUAACUUAGUUACAGCCAGCACAUUGUGUUCAACUUAUCACUAAGAAAUUCUGUAUUUUUUAUUUUGGACUGGCCAAAUACUGACCCCUGUAUUGCAUAUAAAUAUUUUCCCCUUAUUUGAAAUGUUCAUUGAAGUUAUUAUACUAGGUGAUUUAGGGUUUUUUGCAGCACCUCUUUUUUUCCUACUUUGAUUUUAUUUUUUAAUGUGAAAAACUAGCUCAGCAUCCAACUGUUCAAACAAGUUAGUGACUGCAUGGGCAAUCAUUUCUUCACUAAAGCUUUCUUGAAUGCAGUUUCUCUUUUUUAAAAAUAAAGUGAUGUUUUCAAAGUUUAAAUAUGUGGCUGUGUAUGUUGGUCAAAUUACUAUUGGGUAACGUGAGCAUAAAACAGGCUAUAAGUAUGGUUUCCUAUAAAGACUUGAUCAUGACAUGGAGUUUUCACUCCUUGAGAAAGAAGCACAGAGCAUCUUAGUGGAGAGAGCAUAUGGGAAUUGGAUGAUCUCGUCCGUAUUCCCGACUCUGCCAGUUGCAUUCUGGGUAACCGGCAAGUCACAUCACCUCUCUGUGCCCAUUUCCCCAGCUGUAAAAUGGGGAUAAUGAUCUAGACCUCCUUUGUAAAAUGCAUAGAUAUAGAUAUAGAUCUAUCUAUCUAUCUAUCAAAAAAUAAGUAAACCAUGUGGAUUCUCUUUUGUGAAUAAUAUGUGGCUGCUAAUACAGUGAGUCACCCACUCCCCCGUUCACAUCUUUAUUUAAACUCACACAGCACAACAUUCUCCCUUUGUCAAAGAAGCAAUUGUAAAGUGGGGUUUAUCGAGCACCAGAGUAAUUAGAGUAGUGGGGAACGGGUGAAAGUACUGUCAGCUAUGAACACAAGGGACUAACCGGUAUUUUAAAUUCCUGUAACUGAAAGUAAUAAAAAUAGCUUCCAGUUCAAGUCUGCCCUCCAAUGGUUUUAAAGGAAUAUUGCUAAUAAAUCUUGGUGAAGUGUUAUCUUGAGGGUGAGAAGAACUAACUUGAAGGAAGUUGAUAUGACUUGUUAAUUAACAAGGUUUAUUAGUAUUCAGUGUUUCACUUUUUACUGUGGCAAUUUGCUUUCUGAGAAUCUCUGCUUUCCCUGUAGGUCAUGGGUACUGAAGUCUCGAAUAGACUCUCUGGCACAUUAUGAGCUUCAGUCAUACUAGUAUUUUAUUCCUUAACCUAACAAACAGAAUUGAAAGUAAUCGCUCUAUGCAUCCGCCUACUCCAUCUGAAUAGAAUGGAGGCAGGGGAAGUGAGGGGAAACUGUUUUGCAAGAAUGCAGCUAUUGUUUCUAAGGUGUGUUACAUAUUGUUAUGGAACCAUAGUACAUUAAGGUAAUAUUAUAGCUACAUAUAUACUUCAGAUACUGCCAUGUUAAAACAGACUGGUAUCAAUCUAGUUUAGCAUCCUUUCUCGAGCAGUGGUCUGACACCUGAUGCCUGAAUGGACAGUAUAAAAACCUUUAUUAUUAUAUUUAAACUUACUUUAAAGGAAAGAAAAUUCCUUCUCAACUCCCACAGUAAAUUAGCUUUUACCCCAAAGCAUGAGGGUCUUUUCCUUCCUUCAUUUUUUAAUUAACCUCUUAAUUUAGAUGCUGUCUAGGCUAGACUUACUGAUAUAUACAUCUGUCUAGCCACUAUUUAAAUCCCAGGGUAAUAUUUGCUUUAGGAAUGCAAAGGCUACCCCUGCAUGCAGAUGUCAUCCAGCUGAAAGCUACCUGGUGCAUCUAUCUCCCCAUCUACUCUCCUGUCUAUAAGCCUUGCAUGAACAAUAAAACAGAACAGAAGUAAGAAAACAGAGGUAAACACUAGACAAAGCAUAAAGUCACAAGUGGCCUUGUAAAUAACAUGUUCUUAGUAGAUAAAGAAAUAGUAAGAAGAGUUAAUGUGUGAUAAACUUGCAGCUGCAGCUUUGCUUACUAGCAUACGUUGUAGCUUGUGGAAAGUUCAUGA